CAUUUCUUCAGUCAUUGAGAAUUUAAGACACUAAUAAUUAAUAAAAACAUGAGCCCCUUCCCCAGCCUAUAACAAGAGAGUUUCAGAUAUAGAACUAGAAAUUCCAACGUACGGAAUAUACAGAGAAGUUGAAAGAAAGCACAAAAAGGAAGGCAAAGGAAAAUACACUGCUCUAGUGGUGGCCGGUGGGACUAGACUGGUGCUGCUGGUGUUGCUUUGCAGAGGCUUUCUUUUUGAAAGAAAGAAAAUCCCUACCUUCUUUUCCCCUACCAUUUGGGGUCAUAUCUUUCAAAUAUUUGCGCUGGAGUGGUUAGGGGUACCGGCAGCAUUACCAUGCCAUCCUUGAGUCGAGAACUGGUUUUCUUAAUACUACAGUUCUUGGAUGAGGAGAAGUUCAAGGAGACAGUCCACAAGUUGGAACAAGAGUCUGGAUUCUUCAAUAUGAAAUAUUUUGAAGAUCAAGUUCAAGCAGGAGAAUGGAAAGAAGUUGAACGAUACCUGAGUGGGUUCACAAAGGUUGAGGAUAACCGCUAUUCAAUGAAGAUUUUCUUUGAAAUACGAAAGCAAAAGUAUCUUGAAGCUCUUGAUAAGAAUGACAGAGCAAAAGCUGUUGAUAUUCUUGUCAAGGAUCUUAAGGGGUUUGCCUCUUUCAAUGAAGAUCUCUUCAAGGAGAUUACCCAGUUAUUAAUUCUUGAGAAUUUUAGGCAGAAUGAGCAGCUUUCCAAAUAUGGGGACACUAAGUCUGCACGAAACGUUAUGCUGGUUGAACUGAAAAAGCUCAUAGAAGCAAAUCCAUUGUUCCGUGAUAAGCUCACAUUUCCAGCAUUCAAAGCUUCAAGAUUGCGCACGCUGAUUAAUCAGAGGCUUAAUUGGCAGCAUCAACUUUGUAAGAACCGGCCAAAUCCUGAUAUUAAAACCCAUUUCACUGAUCAUACUUGUUCGUCUAGUAAUGGAGCUUGUGCUCCCCCACCUUCUAAUAGUCUCCUUGCUGGACCUGUACCUAAACCUGGGACUUUUCUGCCUCUUGGAGCCCAUGGCCCAUUCAAACUAGUUGUUUCACCUUCUCCAAGUGCCAUUGCAGGGUGGAUGUCUAGUGCUAACCAUUCUGUACCACAUGCUGCUGUUGUAGCAGGUCCUCCAGCUAUUGUUCAGGCACCUGGUGCAGCCACCUUUCUGAAACAUCCAAGGACUCCACCUGGUGCUUCAGCAAUGGACUAUCCUGCUGAUUCAGAGCAUUUAAUGAAACGGCUUCAUGUUGGCCAAUCUGACGAGGUUUCCUUUUCUGGUUCUACUCAUUCUCCUAAUAUUUACUCGCCAGAUGACCUUCCUAAAACUGUUGCACGUAACCUGAGCCAAGGAUCUAAUGUUAUGAGUUUGGACUUCCAUCCUCAGCAACAGACUGUUCUUCUAGUUGGAACAAAUGUUGGUGACAUUAGCAUAUGGGAAGUUGGUUCCCGAGAGAGGUUGGCUAAUAAAAAUUUCAAAGUUUGGGAUAUCUCGGCCUGUUCAAUGCAGUUUCAGACAACUCUGGUGAAAGAUGCUACUGUAUCUGUGAACCAAUGCAUUUGCCCAGAUGGAUCUAUACUUGGUGUUGCUUUUUCCAAGCACAUUGUUCAGAUACAUAACUACAAUCCAGCAGGCGAAUUGAGACAGCACUUGGAGAUUGAUGCUCAUAUUGGCCGUGUAAAUGACAUUGCUUUUGCUCAUCCUAACAAGCAACUGUGUGUAGUGACUUGUGGGGAUGACAUGAUGAUCAAGGUUUGGGAUGCAGUUGCUGGUCGCAGGCUGUAUAUAUUUGAAGGCCAUGAAGCUCCUGUAUGUUCUCUCUGCCCUCAUUAUAAAGAGAAUAUCCGGUUUAUUUUCUCUACAGCUAUUGAUGAAAAGAUAAAAGCAUGGCUUUAUGAUUGCUUGGGGUCUAGGGUUGAUUAUGAUGCUCCUGGACUUUGGUGCACAACAAUGGCAUAUAGUGCUGAUGGAACCAGAUUAUUCUCUUGUGGGACGAGCAAAGAAGGUGAAUCCCACCUUGUUGAAUGGAAUGAGAGUGAAGGAGCUGUCAAGAGGACAUACUCUGGUUUUAGGAAACGGUCUUUGGGUGUGGUGCAAUUUGAUACAAUAAGGAAUCGUUUCUUAGCUGCUGGUGAUGAGUUUCAGAUUAAGUUUUGGGACAUGGAUAAUAACAACAUGAUUACUUUCACCAAUGCUGAUGGGGGAUUGCCUGCAAGUCCUAGACUGCGAUUCAACAAAGAAGGAUCAUUGCUUGCUGUUACAACAAGGGAAAAUGGAAUAAAAAUAUUGGUGAGUACAGAUGGACAAUACUUGUUGAGGAUGCUGGAGAGCAGAACAUUCGAGGGAUCUAGGGCUUUCUCUGAACAAGUCAAUGUUAAACCUGCAAUUGCUGGUUCUUUGGGCCCUAUUGGUCAUGUUGCUGCCCCUGUUGCUCCAAUCCUCGAACGAACCGACAGAAUUCAACAGUCAUUAUCCAUUGGAAAUCUUCCUGCCAUGGAGGGAAGCACAAUAGCCGAUGUCAAACCAAGGAUUUCAGAUAAUGCUGAUAGAAUUAAAUGCUGGAAGUUUUCUGAUAUAGCUGAGGCAAAUCAACUCAAGACUCUAAGGUUGCCUGACCCUCUGGCUGCUAGCAAGAUUUUGCGUUUGCUUUACACAAAUUCUGGUCUUGCUCUAUUGGCGUUGGGCUCUAGUGCUCUUCAUAGGCUCUGGAAAUGGCAGCGCAGUGAACGGAAUCCUUCAGGAAAGUCUACUGCAUCCAUCAUUCCUCAGAUGUGGCAGCCAAGUAGCAGGGCUCUCAUGUCUAAUGAUCUAAGUGAAGCCAAACUAGCAGAAGAGUCACCCUCAUGCAUUACUUUAUCAAAGAAUGACUCUUACGUCAUGUCUGGAUCUGGUGGCAAGGUCUCUUUGUUCAAUAUGAUGGCGUUUAAGGUCAUGACUACUUUCAUGCCUCCACCUCCAGCAGCUACCUACUUGGCAUUCCAUCCUCAGGACAACAAUAUUAUUGCCAUAGGAAUGGAAGAUUCCACUAUACAAAUAUACAAUGUCAGAGUUGAUGAGGUUAAAACCAAGCUUAAGGACCAUAAACAAAUCACUGGGCUUGCUUUCUCCCAGAACUUGAAUGUAUUGGUAUCAUCUGGAGCUGAUGCCAGGCAACUAUGUAUCUGGAACAUUGAUGGUUGGGAGAAGAAGAAAAUGAAAGCUAUACAAGCACCACCAGGUCAUACUUCACCCCUAAUUGGAGAAACUAAAGUUCAGUUCCACAAUGAUCAAUGUCAUCUGCUGGUCAGUCAUGAAAGUCAGAUUGCUGUUUAUGACAUUCAACUUGAGUGUUUGAAUUCGCGGUAUCCACGAGACGCACUUUCUACCUCCAUUUCAAGUGCAAUAUACUCUUGUGAUGGCCUGUUUGUCUACACGGGAUUUUUGGAUGGUGCAAUUGGAAUCUUUGAUGCUGAUAGCUUGAGGCUCCGUUGUUGAAUAGCACCGUCGGCUUACAUGCCUUCAUCAAUUGUCAGCAGCAGUAGUGCUUUUCCCAUGGUGAUUGCAGCACAUCCAGUUGAUCCCCGCCAAUUUGCUCUUGGUAUGAGUGAUGGUGCUGUUCAUGUAAUCGAGCCAUCGGAUACAGAGCCAAAAUGGGGUAGUUUGAGCUCUCAGGAUAACGGAACUCUGCCGACUAAUCCCUCAAGUUCUGCACUAAAUAGUCAGCCAUUUGAAACGCCUCCUAGGUGACAUUUUGCACCAGUUAUUGUUUUGGUAGGAUGGAGAUACUUGUUUGCUUGCCUUUCGCCCAGAUAGUUAAACUGUAAAGUUAAGUUCCUUGUCCCUCCUAGUGAGCCAAAUGUUGAAAGGCAAAGAUACAUUUUUUUUAAUUUAUUAGUUGUUUGCUUUUGAGACCUGCAAGGUUUCUUGAUUUUUGACCAAUGAUUCAUUUGCAAAUUUCAACAGUUAGUCCUGGUCCAA